AAGUUAAGAAAAAUGGUUGAUUUUAUGAAAAGAGCUCUUGAGUUAGCAUCAGAAGCUUUAUCAGCUCAAGAAGUACCAGUAGGCUGUGUUUUUACAAUUAAUUCUGAAAUUAUAGCAGAAUCUAGAAAUAGCGUAAAUGCUACACAUAAUCCUACAAGGCAUGCAGAAAUUAAUUGUAUAGAUACAGUCAUAGCGCACUGCAAAAAUAAUCAUAUUGAUUACAAAAUGUAUUUUAAGAAUGUCACUGUUUAUGUCACAGUAGAACCAUGUAUAAUGUGUGCUGCAGCACUUAGCAAUUUAUGUGUGAAAGAGGUCAUAUAUGGUUGCGCCAAUGAUAGAUUUGGCGGCAAAACGGUUUUAGAUAUAAGUAAAUUUUAUGAAUAUAAUUAUAAUUUGACAGGGAACUUAAUGGCUAAUGAAGCUAUGGCUCUAUUGAAACAAUUUUAUAAAGGAACAAAUCCUAAUGCUCCUGAACCUAAGACAAAGAAGGAAAAAGUGUAGAUUAUUGUUGUAGUUAUUUUUUUACUGAAAUGUAAUAUUUUUUUAAAAGCACAUUGACAGUAUAACUGGUGCACCUUCAAUCAAUAGCUCCCCAGUUUUGGAAAUUGCUCCCAAAUAUAAAAGAGUAAUUAAAUGUGCCAUUACAAUAUUUGGUAUAAGGAUGACAACUAGUCUGAAUACCGAUUUUUUUUUUCGGUUAUUCAUCUAAACUGUAUGCAGGGCUUGGGAACUGUUCUUGUGUUUGUUGAAUUGCUACGCAUUGCCGCGCACCGAUAAAAGAGGGAGACGUUGCAUGACGGAUCAAAUUAACCCAGUAAGGCUCUCGACAAUAUGAGCUUCCUUGCUUAAGGAGGUGAUUCCCCCGCCUAGCCGAAAAAAGGCUUGGCAACAGUUCAAAAUUUACCGGUUUAUUAUAGUUCUUAACUAGGUCCUUUGUAAAACACCCGCUCAGAGCUGAAUUGAUUCCCAAGCGAUAUGUAAGCAAAUGAUAAAUUUUGUAGUAUUAAUUUUAUGCACUUAAGGGAGCGGUUUUGGACUUUACAAUUACAUCUCUGUUUAAUUUCAAGCUGAGCAUGUGAAAACUAAACUGGUCAGAUUAUAACAAGAAGGCACCCGAAAAGAAUUGUUGUGGAAGGCGCGAAAAAGUAAGCGAGUAAAAUUAACCGAUAUUUCGAACAGAAACCGUUAUAAUUUGAUCUUUGAUUCCAUUAGAGCGGAAUAGAAAGGAAGAUUUUUUGAAAAUGCACGGCAAGUGAAACGAGCUGGUUAUUAAAAUUAGUCAGGAUUACGAGCCCUGUUUGUAUUUAUGGAUAUUCUUCUUUGCUCUCAUAACUUCUAAAUCAUAAUUCCACAAUAAUUGGAUAAGCUUUCGUUUGAAGAGGCUGAUCCAAUCAUCCGCUGCUUGCUAUAUACGUCACGUUAAAUGAAUACAGCGCCCUCUAGGGGACUGAUGGAGUCAUCAAAGUCGUGCGGGGUAUUCCGUCAGAAUGUUGCUCUCAUUUUGGCUUUGCUUUCUUUACCAGAUAAAAGCAAAAAAAUAUAAAAUCACGUUCUAAACUGUUUUCAACAAAAUUCAACCAAGCCCAAACCAACGUAUGGUAGUUUGACUACAAAAUUAAAUACAAUAUGCAACAAUAAGACCUGAACUGUUAUUAGGUCGGGUCAGUAUAAUAAUUAUGCCUUCAUCUAGUCUCUUUUAUUUCUCUCUUAGUCUCUUCUAGUAUCUUAGUCUAAUAACUAACCGACGACCAUUAACACAUCUUAAAAGUACGACACAAGCAAUUUUUCUGCUGAAAUUACUUCUAGAGGCGGCAUGUUAUGACUAUUACAUAACUGCUUUUAAACAAACAACUUAUUACGUAAUAUAACGUAUUUUUAUAUGAAAUACUGAUAGAGAUAACUGUUAGGAUAGCCGUGGUCGUGUUCCUCCCUCUUAUUGCAAAGUAGAUUCGUUAUAAUAAAAUAAAUUCAAUGUGGCAGACGACCUCGGCCUGUUUCAGGGUUGGUUUUAAAUUUUUAAGGUUCAAUUUGAUCGUAACUGAAGAGACUGUUUUAUGUUCUCAAAAAAAGAUGUGUAAACUAGUUGUCACCUUUACUUUAUUUGUUUAACCAACUGCCAAUAUUUUUACUGGAUUUAUGUAGUAGAAUAGGUUUUUUAUAAGAUUCUAAUAGUAUUGUGUAAUAAGGGGUAAAGUAAUUGAAAUUAAUAAACAUUUUCAACUUAUAAAGUA